GGUCGAUUAUCGUCGGACGUGCAAAGGGCUCUGGUUUCCCCUAUGAAAACGAUAAAGUUACUCACACUUUAAUGUAUGAAGAAUUCUUCCAUGAAUUUAAGCCCCAUAACCCAUUCCCAGAAUAUAUCCUCGAGGCAGCAGACCGCGAAUUGGACCAGUUCGUAUCAAUCCUCGAAAAAGAGGGCGUCAAAGUCCAGAGAGCUCGGGACGUCGACUGGAACGAGAUCGGAGGAUACACAGGCUCUAUGGCGAGAGACGGCCUCAUGGUAGUUGGCAACCAUGUAAUUGAAGCUCCAUACGCCUGGAGCUGCCGAAAACAAGAAAUCGAACUCGCAUUCGGCCAUAUCCUUGCCGACUUAGAGAAGGAUCCCAAAGUCCGUGUUUUCAGGGCUAAGUUUCCAGAAGGUCGGGAUACCAUCUUUGACGACGAUGCUGAAGGAGGUGAAUCCCUCUUCACCAUCAACAACUCGCGUCCAGCAUUCGACACCGCUGACUUUAUGCGUGUUGGAAAGACCCUCAUCGCCCAGCUUAGCCAUGUCACAAAUCCAGCAGGCGUCGAUUACUUACGCCAACGUUUACCGGAAGGGUAUAAAGUCCAGAUCGUCGAGACCAACGACCCUACAGCUAUGCACAUCGACGCUACCCUCUGCGCGCUUCGCAAGGGGCUGCUACUCUACCACCCGAGGAAAUGCACCUACGAGAACUUGUCGAGUUACGAGGUGUUCAAGGGGUGGGAAAUCAUUCCCUUCCCCGUCAAGCCAAAAUACCGCACCGAACCCCCAUUGUUCAUGACCAGUGCUUGGCUCAUUAUGAACGUUCUCUCCAUCGGCGACGGGAAGGUCAUCAUUGAGGAGCACGACACCGAUUUCGGAGAAUGGCUCAAGGCCAAAGGAAUGAAGCCCAUUUACUGUCCUUUCCGGCAUGUUCAUAGCAUCGGCGGGUCUUUCCAUUGCGCCACUGUCGAUUUGGUUAGAGACGAUGAUGACGACGAACCGGCUUCUGCCACCACCACCGCCACCGCCACUACCAAUGGGUACACUAACGGGCAUACCGACGGCCAUACCAAUGGUGCCGACGGUGUCAAUGGUGUUGGUGGUGUCGGCGGUGUCGGCGGUGUCCAUAGUGUCCAUAGUGUCGGCGGUGCCGACGGUGCAAACGGUUUUCAGCCGAACGGUGCUGAUCCGAGCGGCAUUUGAACAGAGUUCUUGCUAUAAUCUGUUACCGGAAGUUUGAGCUAUUAGGGGGAUAAAGGCUUUGCUUAAGUUUUUUUAUUUUUUAUUUUUUAUUUUUUGUUUUACUGGAAUUUUCUUGUUACGGGUGGUGAACUGAGGUAGGGGAUGUUUUGGGACCGGCGUAAAAAUAGGAGACUUUUGUUUUUACGGGGACAACCAUAUACCGGUGCUAGUGGGCUACGAACGGACGUUAUUGGGGUUCUUUUAUAAUGGUAUCAAGCUGGCAUUGAUGUGACUUGAC